AUGAGCGGAAUGCGUGUCCGUACUCGCUCGCUGAGCUCGACGCAGAUGCUCGGGAGCACUCGUCCCACAUCGCCCACAUACUCUGUUACGACCAAUACCACCGACGCUCGCGAUCUUGCCGGGCGUGCGGAACGAAUCAUUACCAAGGCCGAUUUGAAGGCCAGUGCAGAAGCCUACGAACAGUUAAUCAAUGCGAGUCGUUUCUUUCGAGAUGCCCUGGCUGGAGUCUCUCGUGCGAGCGCCAAGUUUGCAGAGGCGAUAGAGAAGUGCUCAAGACUCAAGGGCCCCUCGGAUGCAUGUGGCAAGGACCUCCAGGCUGCUGCCGGACUUCAUCAUCUAAUUUCGAACCACGAACAAAUACUUGAACAUACGAUAGUCCACAAAUUCGAGAUACCAUUGCGCCAGGAGCUCCAGGCGUACAAGGCUGCCGUCGCUGAGCGCACCGCCGAGUAUGAGCGGGCUUCGACAGAGAAGAGCCGCCUUAUUCAGAAGACGGAGGCUGAUAACAUGAGAGUCGGCAGGAAGAAACUGCGAGACCUUAAUUCAUUCCGUGCCGCAUUGGCUUCUCUGCAAGCUCAAGUGAACGACCUUGACAAGUUGAAAUCAGAUUACUACCAGCAAGUCUUGGAGCACGAACAGCAGAUAUGGGAUGGCGUUCUCGGCAAUGUUUCCGUGGUAGUAAGAUCUACAAUGGACGUGUACGAUCGCAUCACAGCUAAAGCCUCCGAUCCUUCUCUCGAGCACAUUCUGGCUUCUGUCCCAGACCCAUUCGACGAAUACGCAUCACAAGCACCGGCCCCGGAUGCCAUAUUUUCUAUCCUCGCUCCUCUGGAAAUCAUGUCCGGGGUAAAAACGCCAGGAGAAACCACCGCUCCAGGAAGUGCGUCCUCGAGUGCGGGUAACAGCAAUUCCGGGGGAGGCUUAACCAGUGCACCCCCAAGCGAGAACGGACUAAACGCCUGGAUCGACAAACACAGUGAAUGGACAGAAAACACAAGACGAUAUUCUCUCCCGCUUAUGGGAAGUAGUGGCAGCAGCAGCAGCGGAACCGGCGGAUACCCUACGUCCCAAUCUCAGCACCUUCCUUAUGCAGUUGCGGCAUCAUCGCCGCUGGCAAGUCCGCCGUUGAUCGGAAUGAUUGAAGGAGUGAGGAGGAGAGAGGGCAGUGGAGGAAGCGGCUUUGGUUCGAGAGAGCCGAGUGUGGAGAGGCACGAGGAUGCUGGUGGAUGGGCAUCUUAUGCUCUUCCCCCCAGAUCGCGAGUCCAGUCUAUGGAGAGGGGGCCAACACUCCUGAGUCAGGCGUCGGCCCCGACAUUGAACGCAAACGGUAGAACCGGGGUUGCGCUGGAUGGGCCCACACCAACUGCGCCGAACUUCUCAAUAUCCGAAACAGGAAAUGGGGACACGGUUGGGAAGGAAGGAGAGAAGGAUGACGCAGCGAGUGAAAGCGGGACUACUGUUGUUGCUGCUGGGACGGACGACGACCGGAAGACCAUAAGAUAG